AUAAAAAUAAUUGUAAACCCCGUGUUCGUGUAAAUUUUUCGGUUUUCGCGUAAUUAUUUAAUUUAUUUAUUUUUACAGUAACGUAACCAAUGUUUAUUUUUAUAAAGAAAUCUAGCAUAAUCAUCUAAGGUGGAUGAAAUUAUAUGGGCUUUAGAGCGAUCAAUUGCAUCAGCGCUUGAUAUCAAAACACAAAAAUAGUGGCAAAAUAAGGGGGUUCCAAACUCUUGCGUGAGUAAUUUUGUCGUAUAAUUGAGGAGUUCGCGGCACAAGUGCAAUGUUUACUAAGCUUCUGCAGUGUACCUGCGAUCUUCAUACUGCAGACAAGAGUAAAAAAAGUCAUGGAGCGUCGUGUUAAGCUUAAGACUAUAAACCCGCACAUAACGUGCAAGAUUUGCGGGGGUUACUUUAUUGACGCUACAACUGUAACUGAGUGUCUCCAUACAUUUUGUAAAAGUUGUUUGGUUAAACAUUUGGAAGAAAAGAAAACCUGCCCCACCUGUGACAAUGUCAUCCAUCAGUCACAUCCACUACAGUACAUCAGCUUUGAUCGAACCAUGCAGGAUAUCGUUUAUAAGCUAGUACCCAAUCUUCAAGAAGAUGAAAUGAGGCGAGAACGAGAUUUUUACAAGAGUCGUAAUAUACCCUGCCCCAAGGAUAUGCCGCAAAAUCAUGAGGACGAUGAAAAAAUGUUGGAAGCACAUGCAGAGUCCGAUUUCCAUCGCCUCGACGAGCAGGUGAACGUGAGCCUCGAGUGUAUGAGCAAUAAUUUUAAAAAUUUGCAACGCCGUUUUAUUCGCUGCAGUUCGCAGGCGACCAUAACUCAUUUAAAAAAAUUGGUUGCGAAAAAAAUUUUAAACGGUAUUGACAAGUAUCGAGAGAUCGACAUACUGUGCAAUGAGGAAUUGUUAGGCAAAGACCAUACACUAAAGUUCGUUUAUGUGACACGAUGGCGUUUUAGGGAUCCACCACUACGCUUACAAUUCCGACCGCGUGUUGACCUGGUGUGAAAGCGUGUCCGAAACUGUGAAGCAGGAAGUCGAGGGAGAAAUGAUGUAAAGUGAAAUCAAAAAAAAAAAAAAAACAAAAAAAAAAAACAUUAAGCUUAGGAAAACAGAAACGCUAGUUUUGUAGUAUGUUUAAAAAUCGAAAUGAAAUCUCUCGGUAAGAUAGAUAAAUCGAAAUAAGUAUUGUAAUUAUUUACAACUGAAGGUUAGAAGUUUAAUGUAUGCAUGUACGUGAGAAAAACAGAAAGUGUAAUAAAAUUUAAAGUUCUGUGGUAAGCAGCAAUGGUUACAGAAUGCAGUUUUAACUGUAAAAACAAAAUGAUAAGUGACAACAAAAAUAACUAAGGUUUUUUUGGCACGGCAGUUUUCUUGUAUUUGUGUUAAUUGUAGUAUACUAAAGUCUAUAAUUUAGAUUGAAAUAACCAAGUUUCUCAAAAUAAACGUUUGUCUAACUAAAUCAAUGAACUCGAGAAAGAAAUGUAUACCAAUGAGAAUCCAACGUUUAACAUGCAAGUCCAUCAAAAAAGGGGCAACGAUUUGCAUCUUCCUACUUUUCAAUUAAUGUUCUCAUUUUUAAAUUUUAACUUGUAAUAAGUAAUUUGUAGUAUGCAAUUUAACUCUAUAUAUUUUAUUAUUUUGUCGGAUCAGACUGCCUUUUUUUUUUUUUUUUUUUUUCAAAUCAAAAGUUCAAAUAUACUAUCUUACAACCUAUUUUAUUUAUUUAUUUUACCUUAUUCUAUGCUCUUAUACAUAUUUACAAUUUUAUCACUUUGUAUUUUUCUCAAAAGCUCUAAAAAAAUAUCAAAUAGAGAAAAAUUGUUUUAUCUAUCUAUAUAUAUUUGUAAAUAAAAGAACAUUAAAUCUUAAAAUCACUACUUAAAUAAAU